AUGAGAGUAAAUACUAAGGAGAAGCCAUUUACCUGUGAGAUUGGCAGGAAGAACUUCUCUGUGAAAGGUACUCUAGUAAAUCAUAUGAGAGUACGUACAAAGAAGAAGCCAUUCAGCUGUGAGAUUUGCAGCAAGACCUUCUCUAAGAAAAGUUCUCUAGCAAGGCACAUGAGAAAAAAGCUGUUCAGCUGUGAGAUUUGCAGCAAGACCUUCUCUGUGAAAGGUUCUCUGCCAUACAGCUGUGACAUUUGCUAUAAGAGCUUCUCAGAGAAAAGUAAUCUAGUGAUACAUAAGAGAGUUCAUACAAAGGGAAUGUCAUAUGGAUGUGAUAUUUUUGAAAUAAGGAAACAUUUUGGGGACAUUCACAAAUAG